CAACCGUCCGGCGCGCAAUUUCAAAAAGGAGGAAAGCCGACUGAGUCUCUGUAUAUGUGUGUGUGCGCGCGCGUGCGCUCCAGUUCCGUUGUUUUAUACAGGAUUAUUUUUUAUACGAAAGUUUUUAAAAUAUUAUUUCCUCAAAUAAUUAAUUGGAUAUUCAUUCUAAAGUCGUCAACAGCAGCAUGAGUGUCGUGAGCACCCCGAAUUCCCGGCCACGCCAGUGGUCUUCCCCGGCACUGGGGCACAAAAUGGCCCACUCGGCCACCAGCACGCCGCUUCUCGGAUCCAUCCAAAGCAACGACGAUGAGCAGGAGCGAAGGCAGAGGCGCAGGUCCAGGGUCAUCGACCUUCACGCUGGGUCCGAUUCCUCCAUCAACGAGGCCCACAGUAGCAUGGGGACCCCCGCUUCCGUACCCAAGCUGUCCUCUGCGCAGAUCUCGGAGCAUUACUCCACCUGCAUCAAACUCUCAACGGAAAACAAAAUCACCACGAAGAACGCGUUCGGGCUUCACCUCAUCGAUUACAUGGCGGAUAUACUGAAGCAGAAAGACUCCGAGCUCAACUUCAAGGUGGCUGCAGGGACGCUGGACGCCAGCACUAAGAUCUAUGCGGUGAGGGUGGAUGCCGUUCACGCCGACGCCUACCGAGUUCUGGGUGGACUGGGCUCCGAGACCAAACCCAAAGAUGCAGACCACGAGGCAGGAGAAGAGGCCGAGGCAGCAGAGGGCAGUGGAAGCGAUCCAACAACCACCAAACAGGUUCCGAAGAAACGACCCCCGAAAAAGACAGUGGAGCAGAACCUGGGCAACAUCAACCUCUCGGAGUCAGAGAUGAAGUGUGAGGUGGACCCGAUGUUCCAGCGCAUGGCCGCAUCUUUCGAUGAGAACAGUACCGCCGGAGUGUUUCUGUCCGUGCUGUUCAGUGAGGACAGUCGCUGUGAGCUCAAGUUCCCCUCCCACAUGACCCUGCUGAACUCCAGACCUCCUGCUGCACCCUCACCUGUACAGCUCACACCUGCUUCACCCUUCACAGUUAGUUUAAAGAGUCUGGAGGAGAAGAUGCCCAUCUGCCCGUCUCUAGAAGAUUUCUCCUUCACCCAGUGGACAGCGGAUCAGACGUCCAACCUGAACCAGCUGCUGGAGAAGAUGAAGCAGGGCGAGCACGCGUUCGACGUUAACGCCGACGUCGAGCCGGACGAGGACGGCGCCCCGGAUUUCGGGGACCAUUUCGACGCGGACGGAGACGACGGAGGACCCGAGGACGGGGAUCACUUUGACGAGCAAAAAGACGCCUGCUCUAGGAGGAGCCCCGAGAAAAUACGGGGGGUCAUUCCGAUCGGAGAAGGCGACAUCACCACCAUGUGCCUGCAGCUGUCCGACAAACCCAGGGAGUAUUCCUACUUCAGCCCUCGCACCAUGGCCACGUGGGUCGGCCCGGGAUACUGGCUCUUCAAACCCACACACAAACAUGAUCACAAGCCGGAGAAGGACAUUAAAAAGCGAGCGCCGAAAAAUCCUCUGGUGAUCGACUUCAGCGAGGACGUCCACUUUCACAACUACUUCCGCACAACCAGAGCAGCGACCACCAUCAGUAAAUCUGCCCUGAACACCAGCAACAAGAAGACGACGCUGCCUGCAGAUUUCCAGUAUCCGCUCAGCAACCUGUCGCAGCUCAGCCUUAAACCUGCCAGCACGCUGAUUGUAAAAGACAAGAAGAGGAUAUCAGGUGAGUUAGCAGAGGACAUCGGAGAAUACGACUAUAACAACGCUAAUGACACUGCAAACUUCUGCCCACGGCUGCAGGUCGGGGACAGCGACGACGAGGCGGAAUGCUUCGCCGGAUCAGACGACUCUCGGCCCGUGACGGACAGUCUGGACACGGACGGCGUCUCGACGUACGGGGAAGACUGCCUGGUGCCCGAGCCGCAUAAAGUCAAUAUCAUCGAGAUUAAUUACGCCAAGACAGCCAAGAAGAUGGACAUGAAGCGCCUGAAGAACAGCAUGUGGAGCCUCCUGACCGACAGCCCAGAGAAACCAGCUGCGAAUGCUGAGAGGGAGGAUUCUACAGAAGUCCCAGGAGAGAAGUCCUUCAGCCAGUCCACCAGGACGCUCUUAAGAAAGCUGCCCAGCACCAUGGCCAGUAACCUGUCUGUGCCCUUGGCCUUCGUCGCUCUCCUGCACCUCGCCAACGAGAAGAAUCUGGAGCUUCACAAAGUGGAAGACCUGUCAGACAUCAUCAUCAAACAGGGACACUGAGGGUUUUUUUUUUUUAUGUUUUAAGAGAUUUUUCUUUUUAUUAAUGCCUUUUUGUUUUAGUGUACAGUGUCUUUUUUUAUUAUUAUUAUUAUUCCACAGCAGCUAUUUUACCAGUAAAAAAUGUUUCCUCUGGUGCCAAUUUGUAAUAAAAAAGAUUGAAGUGCGUUAUGAUCUGUGAUGUACAGGACAGCACGUGUCCUUCAGCAUCAUGUGGAACAGUAACACGGAACCUGUGUGUUCAGUUUCACCCUGAAGAUCUAACGAAGUGCACCUGGUUCUAUCAUUAGUCUGACCCGCGCAUACCUUCAUGAACUGUAAUUCUCUUUUAUGUCUCGACUGGUUCGUUUCAGCCCCGUUACCUUGUUCAGGUUUUUCCUUUUAUGUCUAUUCUAAACAUCAUUAAAUCUCUGAAUAUUA